AUGGCUCGAUGUAGUGGGAGACUCCUCUGUAUAUGCCUGCUUCCCUGCGUAAUGGUGGGACACCUCAUCGUCUACAUCAUGGUGUCCAUCUGCAUCACCAUCUCGUACUCCCCGCCGCUGCUCCCCGUCCGAUUUGUGGCACCUGGAACCUCCUCUAACUCCGGCACGCUGGCCUCCCACCCGCUGAACCCGUUCUGGAAACUAGGGCUGGAGGAAGGAGCCCUGUGGAAUCAGCUGCAACGCUUCUUGGACCGCCAGCACAACCCCAUUCUAAGGGGAAACAGGACCUGGGUUAAGCUGCCGGAUGCUGAAGACGGCCGGGUGCGAGAGGGCGAUGCCGGCGAGGCCCCCGCGGACUGUCGCCCGGACAACCGCUGGGCCUCUCGCCUCCAGGACUUCAACACCUUGCCAGAGCAGAUGAGGGACUUUGUCCUGUCCAUGCACUGCAGAGACUACCCGCUUCUGACCGACCAGCCUGGGAUCUGUGGUGGGGAGGGACAGGGGGCAGAGGCUCCUGUGUUACUGUUGGCUAUUAAAUCCGAGACGGGGAAUUUUGAAAACAGGCAGGCGAUCCGGCAGACGUGGGGGCAGUCGGGGUGGGUGCAGGGCGAGGCGGGGGGCAGAGGUGGGUUGGUGCGUACAGUCUUCCUCCUGGGCAAACAGGACCCGUCGGCGGGACUCUACCCAGACUUGGAGGCUCUUCUGGAGCUGGAGAAGAGCCAGCACCAGGACAUUCUGCAGUGGGACUUCAGAGACUCUUUCUACAACCUGACUCUGAAGGACGUGCUGUUCUGGCGUUGGUUCUCCCUCCGUUGCCCCCGCGCUCUCUUCGUCUUCAAAGGCGACGAUGACAUUUUCCUGCGGACACGCUCCCUCCUGGACUUUCUGCAUCAGCAGGGGGAUGAGAGCGGGGAUCCUGGGCAAAACAGCACGGAGAGGACGAGGGAUCUGUUUGUGGGAGAGGUGAUCGCUAAUGCCGGCCCAAAUCGACAGCCCUCCACUAAAUAUUACAUCCCCGAGAGCUUUUACAAGGGAACAUACCCAGCUUACGCCGGCGGCGGAGGAGUGGUGUACUCUGGGGACCUGGCUUUACGUCUGGGGCGGGUUUCCAGGAGAGUGCACCUGUUCCCCAUCGAUGAUGUCUACCUGGGUAUGUGCCUCCAUCGGCUGGGAAUAUCGCCCUCCCAUCACCCUGGGUUUCUGACCUUUGACCUGCCGGCGAGUGACAGGGAGAAGCCCUGCGCUUACCGCUCCGUCAUUCUCGUCCACAAACGGAGCCCCAAGGAGAUGUUGAGACUGUGGUCAGAGCUGCAGACGGUACCACCACCCUGCUAA